GAAAGAGGCAAGAGCUUGCAAGUGAUCUGGUAAUGUCGUAAACCCUUUUUGGCCUUUUCCUUUCUGUUAAAUUUUGAAGUGUUGGAACUGGAGAGCAAGCGAUAAUGGAGGAUGAAUCUUCGCGAGCAAUUAGGCUUAUGAAUUUCGUCUCUGAGGAGCAGCUGGAUGAAGCCAAGAAAACAAGGGGCGAACGAGUUGAGGAUGGCACUGCUCAAAGAGACAGACCCCUCUUCGAGAUUUUAAAGGAAAAUAAAGACAAGCGUGAUGCUGAGUUUAAUGAACGGUUCAAGCACAGACCACCAAAGGCUCUGGACGAGGAUGAGACAGAAUUUCUGGAUAAAUUGGAAACGUCAAAGAGAGAAUAUGAAAGGCAAAUGGCCAAUGCUGAGGAACAAGAGCUCCGCAGUUUUCAAGCAGCAGUAGCAGCACAAUCUAUUUUGUUGAGUGAAGUGAGGGAAAUAACCCCUCCUGCUCCAGCAGCUCAGGAAAAAGCAUCAGUUAGGAGAGAAACUCCAGUCAGUCGACCCCCAAGUAUGAUUAUCAGAGUAAAGCCACAGGCAAAGAAAGCGAGGAUUGAACCUAGAAGCCCAAAAAUCGCUGGUAGCACAACUGAAAUCCAUGUUGCCAAAGCAGAGGAGACUUCAAACUCAGUGAAAACACUUGAUACCAAUAGUGAUAGGCCGCUGGAAGCUGGUGCUAUAACAGGACUAGUUUCAUAUAGUGAUGAAAGUGAAGAUGAAGAUUAGAGGAUUGAGUUGGCUAUUAGAAUCUCCGAAACAAUCACCCUAUUGAAUUUAAUUUUUUGAGUUGAGGUUCUGAAAUGAUGAAUCUUUUUCUGUAGAUUGUCAACUUUUAAUAUGUAUGUAUAUCUUCUAACCCCUCAUUGUAUAAAUGUUUUAGGCAAUCCUCAAGGUUGAAAUUUUUAUGAAAUAUUGAGGCUGGAUUUCCAUCUAUUGUACUUAUUUGAUCAAGGCUAUACUUGAUUCAUAUUCUUG